CCCCGGGGAGCGACGACAGAAGCGACUGUGUUUUCACUUUGUAGUUUCCUCUCAAACAACGUACUGUCGGACUAGCUAACACCGUUUCCAUCCGAGUCGACACUCUUGUGACAAUUUCUCUUCGAGCUGAGAGGAUGAAGGGGAGGAAUCCUGGCAGUGUGUGGAGUUUGUAGAAACAGCAGCACUGGCAGCCUUUCCAGCUCCUGCUCGACACAUCUGUCUGCAGCGGAGCUCACCAUGAGUUAGAGGAUUUUAGAGACCAUCGCCACAGCUGCCUUCCCCACCGCCUGAAGCACCGUGUCUGACAGUGACAGCAGAAUCACUCGCCCUGCUUCAUGAGCCAGCAGGAUGCAGCUGAGGUCCUCGCACUCUCCGAGCGCCUCCUCAUAGCUUCACACAAGGGGCAAGCCAACAAUGUGGUCCAGCUCAUCAACAAGGGCGCAAAAGUAGCUGUAACCAAGUAUGGCAGAAGCCCCCUGCACUUGGCUGCCUACAAAGGCCACAUUGGGGUUGUGCGUAUCCUGCUCAGAGCUGGCUGCGACCUGGACAUCCAAGACGACGGGGAGCAGACGGCGUUGCAGCGGGCUGCUGUGGUGGGAAACAGCGACGUCAUCAACGCUCUCAUCCAGGAAGGGUGUGCACUGGACAGACAGGACAAGGAUGGCAACACAGCGCUCCAUGAGGUGUCCUGGCACGGCUUCAGCCAGUCGGUCAAAGUGCUGGUGAAGGCUGGAGCCAACACUCAUGCUAAAAACAAGGCAGGAAACACAGCUCUCCACCUUGCGUGUCAGAACGGUCACGCUCAGAGCUCCAAGGUUCUACUCCUGGGAGGCUGCAGGCCUGACAGCAAGAACCAUGCGGGGGAUACGUGUCUGCAUGUGGCGGCCCGAUACAACCACGUGGCUGUGAUCCGCAUCCUGCUGGGAGCCUUUUGCUCCGUAUCAGAGAAGAACCUGGCUGGAGACACACCGCUGCACGUGGCUGCUGCUCUGAAUCAUAAGAAGUCAGUGCGUCUGCUGCUGGAGGCAGGAGCAGACAGCCACAUCUGCAACAAUGCAGGUCAGACAGCUUUGGAGCAGGCCAGAGAGCACAACAACCCAGAAGUGGCUCUUCUGCUGACCAAAGCUCCCCAGGUGCAGAGCUUUGUGCGUGGCAGGAGCGUGAGGAAGAGGAGAGACAAGCUGAAGGCGGAGGGCAGAGCUCAGUCAGUGCCCAGAGACGAGAUGCUGCCCCGUAAGGACAGUGCCUCUGCUGCAGAUGACACCCAGAGCAGUGACCGAGCUCCCUGCAAACACACGGAGGUGACCGAGUCAAACACCAGGAGGGGAAAGAAUAGGAAACAGAAAGAGAAACCAUCUUUGUCCGAGCCCCUCCGCCGCAGAGAGAUCAAGCACAGCGGAACUUUGAACAAGAAGAAAUGCAAACUGCGAGGAGCCUCCCUUCAUGCAUCCAUCCCUCCACAUAACUAUAAAGCCUAUCAGCUCUACACGCUGUACCGCGGCAAGGAUGGAAAGAUCAUGCAGGCUCCUCUGAAUGGCUGCCGCUGUGAACCUCUCAUCAGUAAACUGGAGAAUCAGCUGGAAGCCACCAAGGAGGAGAUGAAGACUGAAAUCCACACCGUCCAAGACCUGAUGAACAGCAAGAUGGGCCAGCUGGACCGCAAGAACAAACACCAGCUCCGAGCUCUUGAUAAGAUGACGGUGGAGAGAGUGUCAGCAGAGAGGACAGAGUGUGUGCAGAGGAUCGAGCAGCGGGCCCUGCAGGAGAGGCUGGAAGCAGAGAAGAGACAGCAGGCGUCCCUGGUCAGCGAGCUGAAGAGCUGGUGUCUGUCCAAGCUGCACAACAUGGAUCUCCGCUUCAGCGGGGAGCCCGGCAGCACCGGGCUGCAGCGCUGCUCCUCGGUGGCAGAGGGCCUGAAUGAAGCCGAUGGAGCCGGCCUCACUGUGCUGCCCUCUGACCAGGGAGGCAGCUCCCAGUGCCUGGCGCUCCACAACAGCCCUGCCCUCCUGGACGCCAGCCAGGGGGAGCCCCGUGUGGCGGAGGGCGGCUCAGCCAACCACUACUUUGUGGUUCAUGUGGAGAGCUCUCCAGAUGGUAGUAAGGCUCAUAAUGCAGAGGUCACCUCUGCUGCAGCCAAGAGCCCCACGUCAGCUGUCCAGGUUGUGAGGCCGAAGGAGCGUCCUGUGAUCUGCGCUGACACCCAGAGGAAGAACCAGGACCUGCAGGACAUGGACAUGGUGGAGUACGGGGCGAGGGGGGGAAGGAAUUACAGAGCCAGCAGCCUGUCUCCGGCCACAGAGCGCCGCUGCAGCAGCAGGACUGAUGCAGGGCCCAAAGACAGGGAGCGAGGGCGGGUCAGAGGGAAACACCACAGGAAGCAUUCCCAGAGCAGGACUAAGUCUAGAGGGGCCGCAGGGGUCAGGACUCUGGAGGUCUUUGGAGAGCAGCCCAGUGAACCCUCCUUUGCUCAGGAGAGGGACAACAUGCACGCUCAGGAGGUGACCCAGUACUUCUUUGAGGCGGUGUCGACGCAGAUGGAACGCUGGUACGAGAGGAAGGUGCAGGAGGCUCGCUGGCAGGCCGAUCAGAAAGCUCAGGCCGACAGAGCCGCUCUGAUGGAGAGGAUCACUUACCUGGAGGACGAGCUGCGCAUGCUGAGGACUAACAGACACGAUGACUGCUAACACACCUCAUCUGCCACGACCAGACAACUGAGGAGAUAACUGAAGUCAUUAUGUCCAAUGCUAAAUCUCAUCAUCAUGAAAUACUAAAGAUGUUCCACAUUCAAACCCAUGUCCUGUUGGUUGUCAUGGUAGCACUGUGUACAUAGUUGUAUAGAAACAAGGGCAGCUCUCAUGCACUGUUGUAAAUAAAUCAGUAGAUACAAAGUAAUGUGUCAAAAGAUCUAACUUUCCAUUUAUGGGAUACAUUAUAUCACGUCAACAACACUACGUGCCGUGUGCGCACAUUGUGAGCCCAACCAUAGACGUGUGCACCACUGUGAGCAGAGACUGUGGAUGAUCUGCAGAAUGGAAUCACUGGAUCAUAGUGAUGGAGGGAAUUACAGUCUAAUAAGCUUUGUGCUGGUAUCUGCCUGCUGAUAUCAGCCCUGUGACGAGAGGAACAACCUACUGCUUAUUUAUGACAAUGUAGCUAAAGUGACUGUGUAUAACCCCCAAAGUUUUUUAUUGUUUAUCAGAAUCAAUGGCUGAUUCUGCUGAACGGUAUGAUUUGUAUUGAGGCUGUCCAUAGAAUAGUUAUAGAAUUGUACAUUAUUUAAAUAAUAUUAGUUUAUAAAUGGAUCAAAUUGAUUUAUUAAAUAGGAUUUUAAAUAAUGAUACUAAUUAUAUUGUAUUACCUUAUCCUGGCUAAAAAUGAACAAAUAAUUGAAUUUUGAAGUGGGAUUGCAUAAAUAUGUAGUUUUAAUUUCAGUUAUUAAAAAUGUACUGGCCACCUAAAAAUACAGUUACAUUGAUCCCUGCUCAGAGACUGAAGGAGCAUUUAACAUGUUCUUCCUUCCUUUCAGUUAAUAUUAACAACACAUUAAAAUAAAUCCCGAGGACAUUAUUUGAUUGUCUUUAGUUCAUGUUGUGACUCUGAACAGCUGACUACAUAUAAUGUCCUCUUCCAGAAUGCCAAUGUUCUGUCAACCUGGUCUCCCAGAGAAGGACAGUCCUGACGUCAUGGUGCAUGAAGGAAGUUCACAGUUGUGUUACAGUGUUACUGUCUGCUGUAUGUUUGAUGUAGUGUAUGUUCAUACAUGUUGUUUAGUUUUACAUGGAUAACUCUGUGGAUGUGAAUAAUGCGCUCUGUAUGAUGAUGCCUUUCUUAAAAAAAAAGAUCAUUCCGAA